AUGGCUCGGGAUACGGGUGAAAAGCCCCAUCAGUGUGCUCAUUGUGACUAUAGAUCUGUUAGACUUCCAGAAAUGAAAAGACAUAUAAUGUCUCUUCAUACAGGUGAGAAUCCUCAUUGCUGUCCUGAUUGUGACCAUACUGUUACAUCUCAAGAAUUGAAUAGACAUAUAAUGGCAUGCCAUACAGGUGAAAAGCCUCAUCAAUGUUUUUAUUGUGACUAUAAAUCAUUUCAUCUAGGAAAUGUGAAACGACUUAUAAAAAUCCAUCAUACAGAAGAAAAGCCUUACCAGUGUCCUCGGUGUGACUAUAAAUCUGUUACACUUCAAAAUUUGGAACGACAUCUAAUGGCUCGCCAUAGAGAUCAGAAGCCGAAUUAGUACAUUCAUUGGGACUAUAAAUCUCCUAAUUCUUAUAAUUUGAAAAGAAAGGUAAAAUUCCAUUAACAAAACGGAAAGUCCCAUCAAUUUCCUUAUUGUGCCUGUAGAUCUGUCUUCCAUAAAUGAAGACAUAUAAUGUCUCGUCAUACUUGUGAGAAACAUCAUAUUUUGUUGUGUUGUUUUGAUUGUUUUUAUAAAUUUGUUACAUCUCAAGAGUUGAAUAGACUUAUGAUAGUCCGUCAUAAAGGUGAAAAGCCUCAUCGCUCUUCACCACUGUAACAAAUGUGACUAUAAAUCUGUUAAACUUUAAGAUAUGAAAAGAUAUUUAAUGACUCGUCAUACAGGUGUAAAGCAUUAUCAAUGGCCUGAUUGUUAUUAAAAAUCACAAAAUGGCUUACCAUGCCUAUGAGAACCUUCAGUAUGGCCACCAUUGUGACUAUACAUCUGUUUCAUUUCUAAAAUUAAUAAAACAUAUAAUGAGUCAUCAUACUAGUGAUAAGUCUUAUUAACCUGUUCACGUCGACCAUUUAUUUCAUUUUAAGAUUAGAAAAAUCAUGUAAAGGUUAAUGAUAUAGAAAGAAAGCUUAUCCAAUAUGGAUUAUAAAUCAUGAUCCUGAGCUAGAUCUGUAUACUAGACUUAUACUGUAUAUAUAUAUAUAUAUAUAUAUAUAUAUAUAUACUAGACUUCAAGGUUUAAAAAUACAUAAUUUGCUGCAUGUCUAGAUUUGAAAAAUCAUGUAAUAGUUAAUGUUGUAUAUUCAAUAUAAACCAUUCAAUUUGGAUUAUAACUAAUCCAUCAAAAAUAAUAAAUAAUUUUGACAAAAUACCACAACUGCUCUUCAAAUAUUAAUAAUGCCAUGUUAUUCACAUUGUUUUCUCUGGAUUUGAGUGAUUUUUAUCACCACUUUCAAUGUAGUUUUGAAACAUGAAAAAUUCAUUAAGAU